AUUUUGUCAUUAUAUUCCAGUUUUUAAGUGUAACUAGUUAAACUAAUUUUGCAACUAUGUACGACUUAUAUAAAUUAUUACAUCUUCAUGUAAUUGUACAUAAUAUUAUGUCGAUUAUUUAUCUUUAAUAUUUAAUAAAAAUUAAAUUAUUAUUGCAAUAGUUAAGUUUGUUUGAUAAUUCAAUUUAUAAGUAUGAGGUAUCAUUAACGAUGAAUGAAAAACGAUUGACUAAUAGUUUUAAAAGCUAUAUUGGAUUGGACGACGAUGAUAAGUUAAGUUUGAUUGGUAAUCGUAAUUCGAUGUAUAAGUAUGAGGUACCAUUAACAAUGAAUGAAAAUCGAUUGACUAAUAGUUUUAAAAGCUAUAUUGGAUUGGACGACAAUGAUAAGAACAACUCAAGCUGUGAAACAUCAUUUAUAGAAAAUGAACUUUCGCCUAAACUUCAUCCAGGUGAAAUGAUAAUUGCUGAAGCCCAAAAUGUGUUACUAUUUACUCCAGUAAACGAACAAAAAACUGGUCAAUCUGGUAUUCUAUUCGUAACUAAUUUCAGACUUUCUUUUAUUACGUCACUAGAAAAACAAUUGGAAGAUGUAGCAUACCAAGAAAAUUUACUUUUAGGACAAUAUGAUGUGUGCCUAUCCAAUAUAGAUGUGGUUUACCUAUUGAUGGGUGAUAAAAAAAAAAGACUGAUGCCCGGCCAUCGCUUUAAUGACAAAGUCAAAGGAUUACAUAUACUGUGCAAAAACAUGAGAACAUUAUCGUAUAGUUUUAAGUUUUCGCCGCUUGGCCACGGUAAAACCUUAGCAAAUGCCUUGUUGCAUCAUGCGUUUCCGAAAAGACAUCAGCUGUUAUUCGCUUACGACUAUAGGGAACCAUGUAUGCAAAGUAAAUAUAGAACACCUACGUUUAGAUGCCAAAGUGAUUGGGAAAAAGAACUGAUACGUACAAACUGUGUCGGUUGGAAAAUAAAUACUUCAAACAAUAAUUUUCAACUAUCCCAAAGUUUACCACAAUUUAUUGUUGUCGGCUCGGCAGUUAUAGACAAUCAGUUACGUAAAGCUGUACGGCAUUUUCGUGAUGGACGACCACCUACUUGGUGUUGGAGCACGGCCAAUGGUGCAGCGUUAUCUAGAAUGGCCGAUGUCGUGGAUCCUUCCAAUAGAACUCAGGAAAACGCCAUGUUGGAAAUGGUUAGAAAAUCUCAUCCUAACCAUUUGAGACCAGUCGUAAUAGACUUAACCAAAGAUUUACCUUCACCUAAAGACGUGGAACAGAGUUUUGUUAAGCUGCGAGAACUCUGCGCUCCUGAAAGUGCAAGACAAUUCUGGGUUCAAGAUAACCAUUUUUAUUCAUUUUUGGAAGCAAGUAAAUGGUUACAGUAUGUUUCCAGUUGUCUUGGUUCAGCAAUGGAUAUCGCCAAUAUACUCAAUCGUAAAACAUCAGUUGUUUUACAAGAACGUGAUGGUCGUGAUCUAUGUUGUGUAAUUUCUAGUCUCACCCAGCUAUUGAUCGAUUCUCAUUUUCGAUCCAUAUUAGGAUUCCAAAUGCUGAUUCAAAAAGAAUGGGUCGUAAUGGGACAUCAGUUUUGUACGAGACUAGGUCAUGUCUACAGUCCAGAUUCAGUCAAGUCGCCCUUGUUGCUCCUGUUUUUGGACUGUGUGUGGCAGCUAACACAACAAUUUCCUUCCAAAUUUGAAUUCACCGACACUUAUUUAAUCACUCUAUGGGAUACAUCACACGUUUCUGUAUUUGACACAUUUUUAUUCGAUAACGAACACGAUCGUCAUUAUGCAACAUCUGACGGAUCGAGCCCGUUCAUGCUACGUUCGAUAUGGGCAUGGGAAGAACAAUUUUUGGAUCGUGAUUUGGUUCAAUUUCAUAAUCCUCUUUACAAUUCUACAGAUGACGGGACGCUUAAAGUGGCUUCUGAAGUAUCGUGCCUCAGUGUUUGGACACAGUGUUAUUAUAGAUUUUUACCCACUUUGGAGAUAUCGUCUGGAGGCAAACCCUUGGAAGAUUAUAUGAUAAGAACUUUGUUGUCCGUUCCAAAUAAGAGUUCUAAGAACACACAGGAAGUUUACUCGCCAUCAAAUAUGAGUUCGUUUUAUCCGUUCACUCAUUGGAGAUCGUGCACUACAGUUCCUCCGUCGACAUUGACAAUCAGUUCAUUGUCGUUAAACACUAGCGAUUUUCAAAUGGAAACAUCGUUAGUUGAAAUACCAGAAAACCAUGUAUGAAUAGUACUGCUGUUAAAGGAAAUUGUUUUACCCAACCACAUAUUGCAAUGUAUAAACAAAUUAAUGAAUUCUAAAUUUAAUCAUAAUAGCGAAUACGUUUAACGUAGUACAGGUCUAACAACUACUAUAAUAUAUCCAUAUGGUAACUAAAUCGAGAAUUGUUGUUUUUUAAUUUUAACAUUUAGUUUUAUAAUUUGAUGUAUUAACAAAAUAUUAUUAUUUUUUAAAAAUUCGGUAUACCCACUUUUUUUUUUAUUGUUAGUUAAUUUUUUAUGUUUUGUUCUUUUUUCUAUAAAAUGUAAUUUAGUAAAUAAUGAAUUGCAUAAUAUUGAUUGAUAAUUAUGUCGUUACCUAAAUUCUGUUUUCUAUGUCAUGAAAGCAAUUCAUUAUUCAAGGUAUUUUUUUUUUUAUAG